AUGGCCUCGCAAUUUCUCAACCAAGACUCCGUCACCAUCGCACCUCGCCCUCGGGCUGGAGAGCGUCAGUCGCCCCUCGAGGUUCGCCUCAGUGUCGAUGCUCUUGCGCCACUCUUCAAUACACCGCAAGAUCAAGCUGCACAGCUCCUCGGAAUCUCCCUGACCAGCUUGAAGUCUGCUUGCAGACGCCUUGGAAUACCUCGCUGGCCAUACAGGCGUGGAACAAAGAAAGAAUCAAAUGAUAGUAUCACAAGCGAAACAAGAACGGAAAUCGUGACUGCUUGGUUUGAAGAAUCUGCCACUUUGUACCAGAACAAACAUUCCACAAGUGCUCUGCAAGGUGAAUCAGAAGCAACAAACUCCUGGAUAGAUGAGUUCUCUCCAAGGGCACAUCUCUUUUGCGAGGAGCAAGUGAAUGAGGCACUAGCAAACGAGUUCUUAGUAGUCGAGGACGGUGAUGAAGAUACCUCAAAUCAAGCCAACGAUAGAAUGGGUGAAUGGAUAAAGUGGUUUGUCACAUGCGAAGACGAUGACAUGCAUAUCAGACCUUUCUAUUAA